AAAAUUUUCUUUGAAAAGCUUUAGACGCAACACUAAAAAGUAAAACAUAUUGUAUGAACCAGUAGUUUAGGGUAUUUUCAUCUAUAUGUAAAUAAAAAAUUUUAAGUUCGGAUGACGAGUUUUAUCUCUAAUUUUUUAUAGAGAAAAUAACAGUCACAAAAUCUUGAAACAAAGAAAAAGUUAGAAGGUAUAAAAAAGAAAUUAAAAAAAAAUACAAAAAGUUUGAAAACAAAAGAGGAUGUCAACUAGGUAAAGUAGCCAAUGAAGAACUUGGCGGCAACUCUUCACAUCUCACAAAUGGCUUCCUUCUCUACCUUGAACCUUUCACCAAGUCCAAAACCCACAAAACCGUUACCCCAUUCUCUUCUAAAACCACUGAUUUCGGCACCCGAAAUCGAUACCCGAACCCAAAUCCAAACCCCUUACCCGAAGCUCAUACUCACCGGCCCUUCCCAGCUCUCCGGCCAUGUACCCAUAAGCGGCUCCAAGAACUCAGCUUUGCCGAUUCUGGCGGCGACCCUUUGCUGCUCAGGCACUUCAAGGAUUCAAAACGUGCCCGAUUUGUUCGAUACUCGCACAAUGGCUUCGGUUUUAGUGUCUCUUGGAGCUAAAGUUGAAGUCUUAGACAACGAAAUGUUGGUUAACACCGAUGGGGUUGGCUCAGUUGAGCCUAAUGCGGAUGAAAUUCAAAAGAUCAGAGGUGGGUUUUUCGUCAUUGGGCCGUUGGUUGCCCGAUUCGGGGAGGCGGUGGUUGCAUUACCCGGUGGCUGCAAUAUUGGGGCUCGACCAGUGGACCUAUACAUUCGGGGUCUUCAAUCUCUUGGCGCUGUUGUUGAAUUGAGGGAUGGGAAAGUUCAGGCAUACGCCGCAAAUGGAAGAGGAUUAGUUGGAGGAAGUUUCCAACUUGAUUACCCGAGUGUGGGGGCAACGGAAACUCUUAUGAUGGCUGCAUGUAUGGCUGAUGGAAAAACUGUACUGUCCAAUGUUGCCAGAGAACCAGAGGUGGUUGAUCUUGCUAGGUUUCUUACCAACUGUGGGGCCUGUGUGGAUGGAGCAGGCAGCAACAAGCUUGUUAUCAAGGGAAAAUCCCAGUUGCAUGGUUGUGAAUGCGUUGUUGCACCUGAUCGUAUUGAAGCAGGUACAUUUAUGCUUGCUGCAGCUAUUACUCGCUCAUGCAUCUCGAUAUCACCUGUCAUACCUUGCCAAAUGUCCUCUUUGAUACACAAACUAUCGGCCGUUGGUUGCAAAAUCAAGAAAUGUUCUCAUGAUACCUUGGAAGUUUCAGCAGUGUCCGGACAUGGGGGUGCAAAUUUGCGAAGCGUUGUGGUUAAGACAGGCCCAUAUCCUGGGUUUCCCACAGACCUCCAACCACAAAUAAUGGCUUUUCUGACCACGUGCAAUGGUUUAAGUUCUGUAGAGGAAUCUGUUUUUGACAAACGCAUGAGUCAUGUAAGCGAACUGGUAAAGCUUGGAGCAAAGAUUCAGGUCUGUGCGAGCACUGCUCUGGUUUAUGGGAAAGACAAUGGAAGUGUCUUGAAUGGUUCCUCGCUUGUUGCAAAUGACAUUAGGGGUGGGAUGUCACUGGUAUUAGCUGGGUUGGCCGCAGAAGGCACUACAGAGAUCAGCGGUGUUGCUCAUAUUGACCGUGGUUAUGAGAAUUUAGAUAUGAAACUUCGUUUUCUGGGAUCUGAUGUCAAAAGAUUAAUGCUUCUUGCAUCCUGAUUGAAAAGGAAAUCAAAGAGGCAUUGGAGCGCAAUGUGAGCAUUCUUGCUCUUCAUUAGCUGUCCUGCAACUUCUGCUGGCGUGACUUCAACCUCCCGUAUGAGCCCUUCAAUCUGUGUGAAGAGAUUGUGAUGACAAAGACCAUGGUAAUUGAAUGCCAGCUGUUUAAACGCCGAAGUGGUGCAAUAUGACAUGUGGAUAUGCAUGUCCAUGCGGCCUGGUCGCAGUAGAGCAGGAUGUAGCCUAUCUUUGUGAUUCGUUGUGAAGAUAAUUAUGCGUUCUUCACCACAGCAUGACGGAAAACCAUCAAGGAAGUUGAGGAGCCCAGAGAGUGUCACCUGUCGAUGAAAUAGUAAGAUAACACAUAUAUCUGUAAGUAUUAGUUGCUUAAAGCGAUAUAAUUCUGUCAUUCUAUUCAUCUAGAACUUGAGUGACCAACGGUUUAAUCAAUGCUAGUCAUGCAUGCUCUAAAUGUAAAAGUGUAAACUGACCUGAGUUUUAUUGUUGUUCCUCCGUGAUUCA